GUGAUUAGUUCGGAAAAACAAGCAACAGAUAUUGCGAAAUCCUGGAUUCUAAGACAUGGAAAUUUAUUCCAAGAAAUAGAUAUCAUUAAAGACAAAUUUACAAGCUGAGAAAGCAAUGAUAUCCUUGUCAUAGUGAAGUUGAAAAAUCAUUCUAUAAUGGGAAUGAAUAUUGAUAUCCAAAGUCCCAAGAGCACGCUAAAUUAAAUGAGAGUCUGUAGUCUUAGUGGGAGAAGAUGAAGUAGUUUUUCUACCAGAGAUGCAGCACGAUGCACAAUUUGCACAUCGUCAGCUCUAGUGUAAUUACGAAUCUAGCUCAAGUUACAGUUCGGAACUUACCAGGAAUUGAAGACAGAAAAACAGACACUUCUCCAAACAUUAUUCAAUUAGUGGACAUUUAUUGAUUUCUAAGUCCAUUACUUGGAGAGAAGUUUGAGAUUGGGAAUAUUUUUCUCACUAAGUCGCGGGGGACUGAGAUGUCUGUAGAAGUGCAUAUAAACUGCACUUGGGAGUUGAAACUCUGCCAUAUUCACAGAUCAGCCAUGGAUGGAAAUACUACAAACUGUAGCACAGAUGCUAUAGAAUAUCAGAGUUAUUUCAACUACCAAGUUUUCAACAUUGCAAAUCAUUUGAUUCUCAUAGGAUUAUUAUGUGUGCUGGGGAUUAUCGGCAAUAUAUUUUCUAUUGUGGUUCUCCAGCAUGAUAGAGCUGCCAAAGGGACGUCAUUAAACUUUCUACUUCAGGCACUAGCGGUUUGCGACUCUAUCUUCUUAUUCAUGAGAAUAUUCCUAUAUCCACUACCGACUAUAUUUACAACGACUGGAUACCUAAAAUCAUAUUAUAGCAUGUUUUUAAAAACAAUCACGAUACUCUUGCCUAUGAUCUACACUGCACAGGGAGCAUCAAUUUGGCUGGUUGUCAUGGUAACCAUAGACCGUUACCUGGCAGUGUGUCGGCCGUUAGACAUUGGGAUGCAAUGCACUAAAGGUAAAGCCAGACAGGUAGUCAUCAUCGUCAUCGUACUGGACAUUUUGUUUAACCUGCCACGAUUUUUCGAAAGAGUGACAUAUACAAUAACUGAUCCUUGCACAAAUGUUACCAUAGUAACAAACAAAUAUUCUGACUUUGCCCAGAAUCCAGUAUACAUCAAAUUAUACCGUAUAGGAGCAUAUUUUAUAGUGAUCUAUCUCAUUCCUCUGCUUGUGUUAUCUAUCAUGAACACACGGCUAAUCCAGGAGAUCAAACGAACUAGUAAAGUGCAUAAAGAUCUCGCAAACAGUGUAGCAUUAAUGGACACACGGAAAGAACGUCACGAAAAGGAAAUCACACUGACAUUAAUUGCCGUGGUAACAGUAUUCAUUAUUACCCAGACUCCUGAUUUCAUCCGAGAAAUCAUUGUUAUUAUUUUCCCAGUUGAUAUGUUAAGUACAGUGGUAAACAUCCAGCACGGCCAAUUCAAUUGGACCAUAUAUUACUUGGGAGUUUGCAACCUCCUGUUGACAGUGAACUCAUCGGUGAACUUCCUUAUCUAUUGUUACUUUGGACGCAGAUUCAGGAGGAUAUUCCGAGUGAUUUUCUGUAUGUGUGUAUGUAAACAGGAGCGAAUAAAAAAGUUUGCACUGCAGAGUCAAGAGUCCUGGAUUCAGAAUGAAAAUCUGGGCUCUAACAGUUCUGGCUCCAAGACACAAAUGAGAAACAAUAAUAGUCGUGAAAAUUCCAUGCCAAAAUCAAGCAGUUUUAUAAACGUGAUAAGCAUUAACACAAAAUUAUGAUUUGACUUUCAAAUGGUUUUAUUUAGAGACAGAUUUUCUAAUGAUGACCAUGUUAAUUCAACAUAUCAUACAUGUUAAUUCAACUUGUUGUCCAAGUUAAUUCAACUUGUUGCCCAUGUUAAUUCAUCUUGGUGCCCAUGUUAAUUCUAUUGGUAAGGGACUUUAUGUGUCCAUACAUGAAAUUAAACUAAAAAAUUGAUAUUAUUAUAGCC